GAGGAUCGCCGGAACUUUGUGGAAUGGAAUUGGAGUCUGGUGCACAGGCACCGGAGAGGCGAUAUUUGAAAUCUUAUAGAACCACCCUUUUGUUGGCCUACCAGAGCUUUGGUGUUGUUUAUGGAGACCUGAGCACUUCUCCCAUCUAUGUGUAUAAGAGUACGUUUUCAGGAAAGCUGCAACUCCAUGAACAGGAUGCCGAAGUACUUGGAGUCCUCUCUUUGGUUUUCUGGACUCUCACUCUGAUUCCUCUUUUGAAAUACAUAGUCUUUGUUUUAGGAGCCGAUGACAAUGGCGAAGGUGGGACAUUCGCCCUCUAUUCAUUGAUGUGCAGAAACUCAAAGAUGGGGCUUUUGAACAAUUUUAACACGGUGCAUGAUCACCUAUCUGUUUAUAGAAUGGAAACAUCUCAGAAAGAAACAAAGACUAGUGUGUUGAUAAAGAAUUUUUUUGAGAAACAUCAGAGCUCUCGCAUUGUUCUGUUGCUUGUGGUGCUCCUGGGAGUCAGUAUGGUUAUUGGCGAUGGUGUCUUGACUCCAACAAUGUCUGUGCUUUCGGCAGUGUCUGGCAUCAGAAUAAAGGUUCCAAAUUUACACGAAAAUUACAUGGUAUUCACUGCAUGUAUUGUGUUAAUGGCCCUUUUUGCACUGCAACACUAUGGGACUCAUCGGGUUGGCUUUUCUUUUUGCUCAAUAUUGAUUGCUUGGCUUUGUUGCAUCAGUGGAAUAGGCAUUUACAACAUUAUCAAGUGGAACCCUGGUGUUGUUCGUGCUGUCUCACCAUAUUAUAUUUAUAACUUCUUUAAACUAACUGGGAAAGAUGGCUGGAGUUCACUUGGAGGCAUUGUUCUUUGUAUUACAGGUGCUGAGGCCAUGUUUGCAGACCUUGGUCAUUUUUCAAAAUUUUCAAUUAGGGUAAGACUUUUAGAGUUCUGAACUUUUCUUCUG